AACUUGCCCUUGCCAACUUCCCCUGAAAACGCAGGAGCCUCCCAGCCCCGAGCUCCUCUCGGUCCUCUGAGGUCACGCGCGGACAGAACAGGAGGCUGGAUAUCGGAGGCCUGGGUCUUCGCCGGGUCCCCGCCCCGCGGUGGGAAGUGGUUUGUUUCCUAAGUGUGGGUGCGAAGUGAUGGGCGCUGGGCUCUGGUCUCUGGGUUCACCCCAGCUGCACCUCUUGAGGAUUGGCAGCAUCUAUCAUUCUCUGUCGGAGAGCAUCCAGCUGGAGCCCCAUCCCUGAGUGAUGAGCGGCUUUAGUGCCUGGACGUUAAACCUUAAGCCUUGGUCACCAUCUGUGAUGUGAGCGAAAGGAGAGGAUAUUGCAAAGAGCUCUUUUCUGUGUUGAUUUGGGCUUUUCUUCAGAUUGAUUUUGAGCCAGAUACCACAUAUCUUUGAAAAGAAAUGGUUAGCUUUAGUUUCAAGCAUAGAUAAUAGAUAUUGGCAGAUGUCGUUUUUAGUACCAGCAUAAUCUAAACAGUUAAAAGAGUUCUGGGUCAUAAUAAUAAUGGUGAUCUCAGUUAACUGCCCACGAACCUUUUAUUAAAACCUGCAGUUUCUGAGCCGAGGGGGAAAAAAAAAGCAGUAACUUUUCACUGGAAAUUCACCAAGCUAGAAUGGAUCAUAGGAAUAAAAUGGUAUGGACUCUUCCAGUUUUUUUUAAAAAAUAGAUAUUUCAGCAAAAAUUGUCCUGACCUUCAAAUCUUUGCCAUAGAAUUGGAAGUCUGAGUUACAGUGAUCUCCAAAUAGCCUGUUAAUAGCCUUGACGUGACACCUCAGAACAAACAGAACAAAUUGUGAAGGACAUUUGGUGGUGAGAAAGGGCAGGGAUAAAGACACUUUAUCAUCUCAGCAGUUUUUCCAGCUUUCUAUUUUUAAAAUUAAUGUCCAACAAGUCUCAGACAUUCAGCAAUCACAUGUAUGAAAGACAGUGUUUUGCUUUUUUUUUUACAGAUUUUUAUUCAUUGUUGAAGGAGCCAUAAAAAAGAACAAACAUUUGAGUAUAGUUGACCCUUGAACAACAUGGAGGAUAGGAGUGCCUAUCCCCUGCACAGUCAGAAAUCCAGGUCAUGACUCGCCAGAGUAUGAUAAUCACGUGAGAGCACUCAUUGCUGCAGAUGUCAUUUGACUCAUCAGAAAAAAUCUGUUUAAAAGAAAAUAUCUAUGCGACCAGAUCCAUUUCAUUUUUGAAUGGCUUGAUGGAUUUCCUUUACUCUGAUUCACACCAAAGCUGUCCUUAUCAACCAAAGCAAGAAAGGAUCCUGCAUGAGUCAAUCACAGAAUGCCAUUUUUACAUCACCAACAGGUGAAGAAAACCUCAUGAAUAGCAAUCACAGAGACUCAGAGAGUAUCACUGAUGUCUGCUCCAAUGAGGAUCUCCCUGAAGUUGAGCUGGUAAGUCUGCUAGAAGAACAGCUACCCCAGUAUAAGCUAAGAGUGGACUCUCUAUUUCUAUAUGAAAAUGAAGACUGGACUCGGUCCCCACACCAGCAGCAGCAUGCAUCUGAUGCCCUCUCUCCAGUCCUUGCUGAAGAGACUUUCCAUUAUAUGAUUCUAGGCACAGACAGGGUGGAGCAGAUGACCAAAACUUACAAUGACAUCGACAUGGUUACACACCUCCUGGCAGAGAGGGAUCGUGAUCUGGAACUAGCUGCUCGAAUUGGACAAGCUCUCUUAAAACGGAACCAUGUCUUGUCUGAGCAGAAUGAAGCUCUGGAGGAGCAACUGGGACAAGCCUUUGAUCAAGUUAAUCAACUGCAGCAUGAGCUGUCCAAGAAAGAUGAAUUACUUCGAAUUGUCUCUAUUGCCUCUGAAGAGAGUGAAACUGAUUCCAGCUGUUCUACACCUCUUCGGCUCAAUGAGUCCUUUAGCUUAUCUCAAGGUUUGUUGCAGUUGGACAUGCUACAAGAAAAACUCAAGGAACUGGAAGAGGAGAAUAUGGUUCUUCGAUCCAAGGCUUGUCACAUAAAGACAGAAACUAUUACCUAUGAAGAGAAGGAACAACAACUUGUCAAUGACUGUGUUAAAGAACUUCGUGAAACAAAUGCUCAAAUGUCCAGAAUGACUGAAGAAUUAUCUGGGAAGAGUGAUGAACUGAUUCGGUACCAAGAAGAGAUCUCCUCUCUCUUGUCUCAAAUUGUCGAUCUUCAGCAUAAAGUUAAAGAACAUGUGAUUGAGAAGGAGGAACUGAGACUUCACCUACAAGCUUCCAAAGAUGCCCAAAGACAACUGACAAUGGAGCUGCAUGAGUUACAAGACAGGAAUAUGGAGUGUCUGGGAAUGUUACAUGAGUCCCAAGAGGAAAUAAAGGAACUUCGUAGUAGAUCUGGCCCUGCUGCUCAUCUUUACUUUUCACAGUCAUAUGGAGCUUUUUCUGGGGAAUCCCUGGCAGCUGAGAUUGAGGGGACCAUGCGUAAAAAGUUGAGUUUGGAUGAGGAAUCUUCUCUCUUCAAACAAAAAGCCCAACAGAAACGGGUAUUUGAUACUGUCAAGGUUGCCAAUGACACACGGGGCCGCUCUAUCCCAUUCCCAGCUCUGCUGCCCAUUCCAGGGUCCAACCGUUCAAGUGUCAUCAUGACAGCAAAACCUUUUGAGUCUGGUUUGCAACAAACAGAGGACAAAACCCUCCUGAACCAGGGGGGCAACUCAGAAGAGGUUUCAGAGAACAUUCAGAAGCUGGGUCAACCAGGACCCUCUGAAGAUAGUGAUUUGGCUACAGCACUGCAUCGCCUUAGUCUGCGGCGACAGAACUACUUAAGUGAGAAGCAGUUCUUUGCUGAAGAAUGGGAACGGAAGAUCCAGGUUCUGGCUGACCAGAAAGAAGGGGUUAGUGGCUGUGGCACCCCCACAGAGAGCCUUGCCUCUCUGUACACCGACCAGUCAGAGAUCACAGACCUCAGCAGUGCCAGUUGCCUUCGAGGUUUUAUGCCUGAGAAAUUACAAAUUGUCAAGCCACUUGAAGGAUCACAAACUUUGCACCACUGGCAGCAGCUUGCUCAACCAAAUUUAGGAACCAUUCUUGACCCACGACCAGGUGUCAUCACUAAAGGCUUUACCCAGUUGCCCAAGGAUGCCAUCUAUCACCUCUCAGAUUUAGAAGAGGAUGAAGAGGAAGGUAUCACUUUUCAAGUGGAACAGAACCCUUCAAUAUCCAAGCCAGUAACAGGAAUCUUCCUUCCACCCAUUACUUCAGCUAGUGGUCCAGUUACAGUUGCAACUUCAAACCCAGGAAAGUGUCUGUCAUGCACAAACUCGACAUUCACCUUCACUACCUGUAGGAUAUUGCAUCCUUCUGAUAUCACUCAGGUUACCCCCAGUUCUGGGUUCCCUUCAUUAUCCUGUGGAAGUGCUGGUAGCAGUUCAUCAAACACAGCGGUGAAUUCUCCUGCUAUGUCCUAUAGACUCAGCAUUGGUGAAUCUAUUACCAACAGACGAGAUUCUACUAUAACAUUCAGCAGCACCAUGAGCUUGGCCAAACUUCUACAGGAACGAGGCAUUUCUGCUAAAGUGUAUCACAGCCCAAUUUCAGAGAACGCCCUCUUCCAGCCUGUCCCUAAAUCCCUGGCUAUUCCUUCCACACCACCAAAUUCACCAUCUCACUCACCCUGCCCUUCUCCUUUACCCUUUGAGCCUCGAGUGCAUCUCUCUGAAAAUUUUUUGGCCUCCCGACCAGCUGAAACAUUCCUCCAGGAGAUGUAUGGUUUGAGACCUUCCCGGAACCCUCCUGAUGUUGGCCAGUUGAAGAUGAACUUAGUGGACAGGCUAAAGAGACUGGGGAUAGCCAGAGUAAUCAAAACCCCUAAUGCACAGGAAAAUGGAAGAAGCCAAGAGGCAGAAAUUGGUCUUCAAAGACCAGACUCUGCUAUUUAUUUAAAUUCAGGUAGCAAUUUAUUGAGUGGACUGAGGAGGAAUCAGAGUCUUCCAGUCAUGAUGGGUAGCUUUGGCACGCCUGUAUGCACAUCCUCGCCAAAAAUGGAUGUCCUGAAGGAAGACUGAAGUUCAGCAAUUAACUGAUCUCUUAAACAAAUUAGCACAUGAAGGAUAGAUUUGCACUGAUACAUGUAGUCUGGUCUGACUGAGAGACAAGGAAUGUUGCAGAUGGAUUGUGAAUGUGGAAAGGGGAAGUGGAAGAAUGGAAACAAAAUUGAGAUGAGCCCCUAAUGAAUGAGGUCUAAUAAAUUGCAAGUAUAGAUGAAUGAGUCAUGAGUGUUUGGAGGCAGAAAAGGAAGAAAGGUUUAAUAUACUCCUUCAGUUGAAUGUUCCUAUCUUGAAAAUAAAAAGUGACUAGACAAUAAAUUCAGUAAUACCGAAAUAUGCCAGAGAUACUAAACUUGCUAGAACAUUUAUUCCUAGUAAACAAAAGCAGGAAGAACCCAGGUUAGGAGAUGGGAAGAAAAAGGGAGCAGCCUUGACCAUUGCCUAUAAAAAGCUGUACUGCAGGGUUGUUGAGGUAAGCCCUGUCUGUUACUGAGACAAGGAAGAUGCUUUUAUGUUUUACCCUGUUAAUGUCUGGAUAAAUUACAUAUCCAUCAAAUGGUAUGUACACAACAUUAGCAAGCAAGGAAUUUUAUCUUUUUCAUAAAAUCAGAAUAAUGGAGACUCUCUUUUUGCUUUCCGUUUUCAAGCCUUUGAGCCACUGGGAGCCCAAACCACCCAAAUUCCUUUUGUAUUUGUGAUUAAUAAAAAUUCAUUUUUAAAUUUGUAUUUUUAUACAACACCUCCCAAAAAACAACAUGAAUUGGGGGAUAAGGAUGUCCUUUAAGAAGGAAAAUAUGGGUAAGUUGGAACCAAGGAAACUUGUUUUCAAAAUAUUUUAUUUAGAUAAGUACAGUGGCCAAGAAAUAUGAACAUAAUUACAUGGCUUUCAAAUUUCCUUGGAGACUGGAAGGGGUUAAACCAGAAGUGCAAUCAAUAGGAAUUAGGGAAUGUUGUGUAUUUAUGUCUGUACGUUUUUUUGUAAGUAAAGUUAGUUGCAACUAAACUUUUUCCAAAGUGCUAUGCAUAUUUUUCAUUAAAGAUGACAUGUAUUUGCACAAAAUUUCUCAGGCAUAUUAAAUUAUUAUAAGCUGAAGUAAAACCCAGGUGCUUGCUUUGAGAUUGUGGUUUUUUUUAAUUGUAAAAUUAAAAUACAUCGUCUUUUUCUUGGUAUCUGUAGAAUUAGAGAAUGAACUUUUUAAUGGGGAAGUCAAAGUUUUUGCUUUUUUUCUGGGAAUCUUUUUUUUUCUUUUUUUUUUUUUUUUUGGUACAGAUUCUAUGAAAUGGCAAAGUGAAACUCGGGAAUUCGGUUUCAGCAUUCAUCAGUGUGACACAAGGCUGUGAAUUGGGAAGAAACAGAUCUGUUUUACAAACUGUCGCUAAUCAAGGCCUAUUCCUCAUCAUGACAUGGCUUUCUCUAGGCAGUACAGUUCAGAAAAAAAAAAACAAAAAAACAUUAUAUGAAAGGCAUGAUAGAGAAGAGAUGAGGGUGGAGGCUAAUUAUUUUGUUAUUAAAAAUGGGAGGCAUAUUACGUGAUCUUUUUGGUGGUUAAUUUGCAAAUGUUUUGCUCCUUACUUCUGACUUAACCGGAAGGCAGUUUUGUGAAGCAUUCUUGAUGAGAGUCUUGCUCUGAUUCCCAUCGAUACACCUAUUCUCAUGCCUGCAGAGGAUCCUUCCUUUCUCCUCUUGUGGUGCCUCUCCUACAUAAAGAGCUGUGUGUUCAAAAGGGUAGAAAAACCCACAUGUGUGCAUGGUAAGAAUGUGUGAGUUUACCAUACUUUUUAGAAGCUUAAUAAAACUUUUCUAAAUUUCUUAAAAACAGAAAGUGAAAGUGCCCUCUCCACCUUCUCUCCGCUUUUGUCAGUCAUGCUGAGAUCAGCAGACCUUAUAUUAACAUGUUCAGAAAGGAUUCUAGCAGGUCUCCCAUAGGUGAACAUAAGUGUCCCUGAAUGUGGUAGGCAUUAACCAGAAGAAUUCCAUGUUUAAAGAUGUUUAAAUUUCCAGAAUAUUCCAAUUCACUUCUAAAAAAUAGUAUUUGAGUUCUACUUCAUAAAAUAAACUCUGGGGUGCUUAUUUUAGCAAAGUCUUAAAGCUUUUUAUUUAUUCUCUAAGAAAAUAAUCUUGCUGUUGCCAGUUUCCAAGAAACAUCGGGAAAUGGGUAAAUGUACAGCCAGAGAGUAGUACAAAGUUAUGAAAUUAUCAGAUUUAUGUAUACUAUAUAAAUAGCUGUAAACUAAGCUAGAUUUUGGAGUGUUCUGUAUAAUUAGUAUACUUUUUUAAUAACUGAUGCUAAAAUGAUCAUUUUGGAGGCAGGGUGAGGGCAUAUUCACAGCCAAAUAAGCACAUCUAAUUGAAGUUUCAGUUUUUGAAAACUAGAUUGAUGUUACUGUUUCACCAGAAACAUAAUGAUUUGUAUACUGGCGCAUGCUUGUCUCUAAAAAUGAAUGUUUUGAAAUUGGGUUUUACUGUUUUUAAAGAUUCCAUCUAAAAUCAUUUUUGGUACAGCCUGAGAAUCUCUAUUCUAACAAAAGUGUGCAAAUUAUAGGAAGAAGACCUGGAGCCUUGUAGUAAGUUUCUCCUCACUUUAUCUGUUACACUUGAGUACUGUUCACAUUUUAGUUUUUCUGUAUCAACUGUGUAUGUACUUUUAUGCCAAUAUAAGAAACUCCAAUCUUUUUUUUCUCCUUUAGGAAGAUUCUCAGUGAUUAUACCUCAGGUAUUUCUAAGUAUCCUACUCUCUAUAGGAGGGAUACCUUCGUGGGCUCAGAAUGAAAAGUUUCCCUGAAUUAUGAUGAUCUCAAAUCUUACGUAAUAGCCUUAGGCGUUGGUCUUAGGGAGAACUUCAUGACCAUCGUUAAAGUAGCUGUUGGUUUUUUUUUUAAGUUUUAUACUCUGUGUUCUUGAUUUGACAUGAAUGAACAGACUUUGGCAAAGGGAGGAAAUAAGAGGCAGCUCACAACAA